UGUAGUAUUUUACGUAGAGCAAGUUUACACAGUAAUUUUGAGUUUACAUCAACUUUGAAGCUUGCAAGCUACACCGAAGACCGAGUAGUUUUUAACACAGAACCUAUUGAAAUGGCAAUCAAAAUAGAGUGAGCCUCUAAGAAUGUCAGCCAACUACCAAUCCCCAGGGCAUAUGACCAACUCCCCUAGGGACCACAUGAACAUGGCUGGAUAUCAACACUCCCCCGUGGGGACCCAUUCUCCGCUGACCCCAAAUUAUCAGUCUCCAGGCCCAGUUCCCAACUCCCCCCUCACGCCCAGCUACCAGUCCCAGCAACAACAGAGUCACAGUGUGCCUAACUCCCCGCGAGAUCCCAUGGAUAAUAAUAAUCACAUGUCCAAGGCGACUGCAGGCGGGGGAUAUCAUGGGAUUCUAAUGCCUCCGCCCCUGGGGAGGCGGAGAAUGCACAGCAAUCAAGGCUACAUAGGGAACAACAAUGUGAAUAAUGUGAAUGCCAGGAACUACCACCACCAGGCCUCGCCAUCACCAGUGUAUACUCACAGUGGUUCCCCACAUCCGCAGUCUCAGAAUGUGUUCCAGUACCCAGAUCCACCGUACAACAUGCGUGGAAAUAACUUUCAGAACGACAACAUGCAGAAUUACGGCCAGCAGAUGAACGACCCAAACAUGUCGCCCCACAUGUUGCAAGAUGGGAACCAGUUUCAGUUCCAAGCUCCUAUUGGGCAGCAAUGUAUGAACGAUCCCAACCCUUCUCCACACGGUCCCCACACCCCUCAUACCCCUCACACACCUGGGGGUCAUGCCUCAGCCCCCCACACACCGCAUACACCUCAUACUCCAAUCAACAGAAUGCCUGUUGUCCAGCAACAGGGCAUGAAUGACCCCAACAUGUCACCCCACCCUACAAUGUCCCCACAUCACACCAUGGCAAAGGACACGACACAUUUCCAGUUUCCAGUUGUACGACAACAAAUGAAUGACCCUAAUAAAUCCCCCCACAUGAUCAAUCAGAUGAACAUGAGGCAGGUGAUGAACGAUCCCAACAAGUCGCCUCAUGUGAUGGUCAAGCAAGCCGAAGCAUUUACCUUUCCUCCUUUGUCCGUGUCACAGUCAAUGAAUGACCCCAACUCCUCGCCUCACCCUAUGAACACACACAUCGCUGCCUUCAACAAACAAUUAAUGGCUACAAACUUUGCCCACUGCAAUGACCAGCGUGGGACAGAGCCAAGGUCACCGUUUGACCACCGCCCUGAUUUGCCAGUGAAUAGUUUGAAUGUAACGGGAAUCCAAACAUCUAUGACUGAUGACAAGGGAAUGGGCCCAUUGAGUGUGGGCGUGCCUGUGACAUUUACAGACACCGGUCAGCCCAGCCCUGCCUCCUCGGCCACCAGCAUGACCACCCAGGGGCUGAGGUUCCAGUCGUCAGGUAACGCUGGGGACGCCAUGCUCAGUGCCAUCAACUACAAUGACAGUGAUCUGCUGCAAGACAGCCAUUUUGAUGUUGCCAACAAUCUCAACAACAUCAGUGACAAUUUGCUGAGCAAUAUGAACAGUAGCAGUAACAUGAGCCUCGGGGAUGGAGGGCCUCCAACAUUUGAUCUAUUUGAAGGAGACGGCCACGUCAGUGAGCCUUAUAACCCACAGGAGCUUCAGCUGCCAGGGGACGCCUUUGGGGACAGCUCCUCUGGUUUCAGCAUGUCUGACAGCAUGGAUGCUGAUAAUCCAGGCUAG